AUGACUAUCUUGUGUCUUCAUGGUGCCUACGGGAGUGCCUCACACUUCAAAGCACAACUUCGUCCUUUCAUCGACGCCGCAGAAAAAGCUGGUGCAGCACAGUUCAAAUGGAUCAAUGGUGGACACAUUGCGACGCCACCCCCAGGUUUUGAGGCCUACUUUGGCCCUGGACCUUUGUAUCGUUUUAUUGACUUUGACGGCGUUAACGAGCUUGACAAUAUGAUGUCUAAGCUCCGCGAGUUUCCGGAGGGACUGACUGCUGAAGACACCAUGCGAAGGCUUGUAGGCGAUCAAGGCACCUUUAGCGCACCAGCGGUACGAAACACAUUGACUCGUCUUAUCAGCAUUUUGGAUGACGACCCAAACAUAACGGGUGUUCUCGGCUACUCGGAGGGCGCUACAGUGGCAGCAAGUCUUAUUCUUGAGGAGAAACGCUUAUCAGAAGAAGAAGGGAGACCAAGGCGAAUCAAGAACGCGGUCUUCUUCGCUGGCUGGCCGCCAGUGAAACUUGCGGACGGAACUGUGCACUGCCUACUCGCCGAUGAAACCGAAAGUAUAAUCGACGUUCCAACAUGCCAUGUAGUGGGCUGCAAUGACCCCUACAUCCACGGAGCUAUGGCUUUAUUUGGAAUGUGUGAUGAAGACUCGGCUAUGUUGUUUGACCACGGGAAAGGUCACACAGUCCCGAGGGAUGCUAGAACGCUGCAGGAGCUGGUCUCGGCAGUGAAUGGGGUCUGGGCCCACCACCCAGAGCUGAUGGAGGUGAUGGAGGUGAUGGUUUGA